AUGGGUCCCCUCCCCGACCCCGACUCCCCCGCCGACAUGACCGCCCACGGCCUCAACAACGCCCGCCCCCUCUUCCUGCAAACCACCCUCCUCGGUCGCCCCUCCAUCACCGAAUUCCUAACCCUCUUCUCCCUCCCCAUCCCCUCCACCCUCCCCCCGCGCCUGGACAUCCCCCUGGGCCUACCCUUCCCCACCUUCCUCACCCGCUUGCACACGCCCGCAACACCCAUGCCCGAGCGCGUCCGGGCGUGGGACAUCCGCAUGCCCCUCCCGUGGCUCUACCCGCACAAACACCCCGACCCCCUCCUCCCGCCGCGCAAGAUCUGGGCCACGCGCCUCACCCCCGGCCGCAACUUCCCGGAGACCGCAAGACUCGUCGAGGCGUUCCUGGAGCGCGUGGGGCUGCGCGGGUAUUGCUGUCAGUUUAGAGGCACCACGCGGCGAGAUGUGGAUGUAGCGGUGGGGGCGUUUGGGCCUGCGGCGGUCGAGCCGACGGAUCUGGGGAGGGGCGUGUAUACGACUGAGAAUCUGGGGCUGGCGCUGGCGUAUGCGGGGGGAGGGCAGGGGGUGCUAUGGGUGUUUAUGGAGGGGGAGGGGGCGGCGGUGAAGGGUGGGUUGAGGGUGGGGAGGGUGGAGGGGAAGGAGUGGGAGUGGGUUGCGGGGGGGAGGCCGCGGGGCGCGGAGUAUGUGCAGGAUGUGGUGGUGGGGGCGGUGAGUGCGGAUCGGGGGGCGGCGGGGAUGCAGGGGUGUGCUGAGGGGAGGUGUAGGGUUGUGCCGUGGGUGGAGGGGGGGCCAUGGAUGUGUUGGAGAAGUAGGAAGGCGUGGAGGGUGUUGGCGAAGGGGCUGGCGGCGUUGGUGUAUUUGGAGGAGGCGCCGGAGGUGGUGGAGUAUGGGGGGUGGACGGUCGUGGAGUAG